AUGAGUUUCCUCACCUUCUCCCCCCUCCUCCAAUCUCUUCUUCUCACUGUCGUACCCUUUUCUUCUUGGCUCUUUUCGAAGGUCUUCACGAUCGGGGAUCCCACCCCAACCGAGGCCCCCGCGCCCACCAUCUUCGUGAACCCGUCUACCAAGGCGCCGGGCACCCUCUCGCCUGUGCCCACGGCGGGUCCGGUCCUUGUCGGCCCCUCCACGGCCCCCACGACCCCGGUCCCCGUGAACGCCGGUGCCGCCGGCUACCUGGGGUGCUUCGGCGACUCGCAAACCGGCCGUGUCUUUCCCGUCGUCUUCGGCUCCGACAGCAUGACUACGGCGAUUUGUGCGGACACUUGCGCUGAGUAUGCCUACUAUGGCACGCAGUACGGCAGGGAGUGCUGGUGCGGCAACAACGCCGACUACGCCGUCUACGGAGAGGUAACGUGCGACAUGGAGUGCACUGGUGAUUCCUCGGCCACCUGUGGAGGCUUCAACGCCAUGUCGUUCUACUCGACCGGCUUGGUGGUAGAAACGCCGUCUCCCGUCCCGGAGGUAGAAACCCCGUCUCCCGUCCCGGAUGAAGAAACCCCGUCCCCGGUCCCGGAUGGCGAAACGCCGUCUCCCGUCCCGAACGAAGAGACCCCGUCGCCCGUCGGGACCGGGCCCACCGAGCCCGGGUACCUCGGGUGCUUCGGCGACUCGCAAAUCAAACGUGUCUUCCCUGUCGUCAAGGCCUCCGGUAGCAUGACCACGGCGGGCUGCGCGGACACUUGCUCAGACUAUGCCUACUAUGGCACGCAGUUCGGGAGGGAGGCGGCCGUGCUGGUCCUCUCAAACAAGAGUAACGCCCACUACGACGUCUACGGAGGUGAAACGUGCGACAUGGCGUGCAGUGGUGAUGCCUUGGACGUGUGCGGAGGCGUCGAUGCCUUAUCGGUCUACUCGACUGGCUUGGUGGUGGAAACCCCGUCGCCCGUCCCGGACACGGUGGAAGAUACCCCGUCGCCCGUUCCGGAUGCUGUUCCCGGGCCCACCGACCCCGCGUACCUCGGUUGCUUCGGCGACUCGCAAACCGCCCGUGUCUUCACUGAACGAUCCAGCGCGUCCAACGGCAUGACCACUGCGCUAGACGACCCAACCGGCGUCACAUAG